AUGGAAGUACCUGAAAAUAGAAAGUGGAUGAAUAAUAGAGUUGAUUGUCAUAAGAAUAUCACUGCAGAAUUUAAUAUUGGAGUUCAUGAGUUUAUUAUGUUUGCUUUGGCACAAGAUAAAAAUAAUAUUGGAGGAGGGAAUAUUAGAUGCCCGUGUAAGAAUUGCAAGUGUAUGAAAUUUGGAAAUCCAGAAGAAGUGAAGGAACAUCUAUGUAGGAGGGGAUUCAUGAGUGAUUAUUAUCAUUGGACAAACCAUGGUGAGGCAAUUCCCCCAAUUCCUCCCGUGGUUGUUAGUCAGUCAUAUUAUGGAAGUAGAGGUCAGAGGGAAAUGUUUGAUAAUUAUGAGCAGUUAGUAAUGGAUGCCGCAGGACCAGAAAUUGGAAACUAUGUAGAGCAAGAAGGUCAAGACGAAGAGGAUAUAAUGGAAGAAUAUCCUAAUGAAGAGGCAGAAAAGUUCUUUGAAAUGUUGAAAGCAGCACGAUCACCUUUAUGGGAUGGUUGUGAUAGAUACUCCGUGUUGUCAGCAUCUUUAACAGCAUUAAGUUUGAAAGCAGACUAUGGGUUGUCUGAAGGUUGUUUCAAUGGAUGGAUGCAAUUUAUGGGAAAUGCUUUGCCAAAGAAUAACUGUCUGCCUACAAGUUUUUAUCAAGCAAGGAAAUCGAUUGCUAAACUAGGGCUGGCGAGUUCAAAAAUUGAUUGUUGUGUGAAAGGAUGUAUGUUGUAUUAUAAGGAGGAUGACACACUCAAAGAGUGUAAAAUAUGUGGAGAGGAGCGAUAUACGCAUGUUAGAAGACGGGGACAUGAUAAAUUAGUUCCACGAAAAACUAUGUGGUACUUCCCACUUGUUCCGCGACUACAACGCUUAUAUUCCUCAUUACAAACAGCUCGUGAAAUGAGAUGGCAUCGUGAGAAUCCAAGGGAGAAUGGUUCGUUAUCUCAUCCGUCAGAUGCAGAAGCUUGGAAACACUUUGAUGAAACAUGGCCCAACUUUGCUCGAGAUCCUCGAAAUAUUAGAUUAGGCUUGUGUUCAGAUGGAUUUGCUCCAUUUGACAAAACAGGCAAGCUUUAUUCUUGUUGGCCUGUGAUUAUCACUCCAUAUAAUUUGCCACCUUGGAUGUGCAUGAGAAGAGAGUUUAUGUUCUUGACCAUUAUAAUUCCUGGCCCAUCCAACCCAAAGAGGAACAUUGAUGUGUAUUUGCGCCCUUUGAUAGAUGAAUUGAAAAUGUUAUGGGACGAUGGAGUUAUGACUUAUGAUGUUUCCUUGAAGCAAAACUUUUUGAUGAAGGCCGCAAUAAUGUGGACUAUUAACGACUUUCCAGCCUAUGGGAUGUUAAGUGGUUGGAUGACAAUGGGAAAACUAGCUUGCCCAAUUUGCAUGAAGAAUUCUAAGGCAUUCACCCUUGAAUCUAGUAAAAAAACCUCAUGGUUUGAUUGUCAUCGACAAUUCUUACCACAAAAUCACCCAUAUAGAAGGAAUAAGAAUGCAUUUACAAAAGGUAGAGUUGAGACAUCAAUUCCUCCAAAAAGAUUAAGUGGUCAAGAGGUGUGGGAAAAAGUUAGAAAAUUACCUAGUGCGGAAGAAUCCAAAGAAUGUAAACCACCAGGCUAUGGGGUAGAUCAUCAUUGGACAAAACGAAGUAUAUUUUGGGAACUUCCAUAUUGGAAAACUCAUCUUCUCCCACACAAUCUCGAUGUAAUGCACAUUGAGAGAAAUGUGUUUCUUAAUAUUUUAUUCACUGUAAUGGAUACAAAAGGUAAGACUAAAGAUACUUUCAACUCUAGGAGGGACUUGAAAAAAUAUUGCAAGCGUAGGGGACUUGAGCUUCAACCUGGCAGCAAUGGUAACUUUGUAAAACCAAAGGCACAAUAUACAUUAACCAAACAACAACGAGUAGCUGUAUGUGAAUGGGUUAAAAACCUUAAGCUUCCAGAUGGUUAUGUUUCUAAUUUAAGUAGAUGUGUUGACUUGAAGGAAGCAAAGUUGUUUGGCAUGAAGAGUCAUGACUGCCAUGUAUUCAUGCAACGUUUGCUACCAUUAGCCUUCAAAGCCUUACCCAAACCGAUUUUGAAUACACUGACUGAAUUCAGCCAAUUCUUUAGAGAAAUUACGUCAUCUUUGUUGAGAGAGGAUAAAUUGCGUAGUUUGGAGGAAAACAUUCCAAUCAUAAUGUGCAAAUUAGAACAAAUAUUUCCUCCAAGCUUUUUUGACUCAAUGGAACAUCUUCCUAUUCAUUUAGCUUAUGAAGCAAGAGUUGGCGGUCCUGUGCAAUAUAGAUGGAUGUAUCCAUUUGAAAGGUUCAUCCGAACUUUAAAACAAAAGGUAACGAAUCAGGCUCGUGUUGAAGGUUCGAUUUGUAAAGCAUAUUUAUUAGAGGAGAUGUCCACAUUUGCUUCCUAUUACUAUCCACCCGAUGUUCCAUCAAGGAGAACAAGAGUGCCACGAAAUGAUGAUGGGGGAGAGGAUUUUUCAAUGGGUCCUCCAUUGUCAAUCUUUAAUUACCCGGGCCGUCCAUUUGGAAAAAGUACCACUUCUACCUUGGAUGAUAAGGAAAUGAAAGCUGCUCACUUGUAUAUUCUUUUAAAUUGUCCUGAAGUGGUACCUUACCUGGAUAUGCACUCUGAUUUGUUACGAGAGUUAGAUCCUCAGUUGAAUGAAACUGAUUUGGAUAAGCAAGUUUCCGCAUCAUUCCCAACAUGGUUCAAAACAUAUGUGCUUGAUUCAAGGAACAUGAUAGACGAUGUGCUUUUAAGGAGUUUGGCAUGGGGCCCUAUUAGAGAAGUUGUUAAAUGGUCUGGUUAUGUUAUUAAUGGCUACAAGUUUGUGACCAAAUCUCGAAAUGAAGGGAUGAGUACAACCAAUCACAAUGUUUGUGUUCGGGGAGGGCAAUUUGAUUCAUUAGAAAAUGAUUACUAUGGAGUUUUGAAUGACAUUGUCGAACUAGAGUACACUGGUCACCCGACAAAGAAGGUGGUUUUAUUUCAAUGUGAUUGGUUUGAUCCUAGUUCUCAAGGGACAAAGAUGGAUAACUAUGGAAAUGUUGAGAUUAAAAAAUCUAGGAGAUAUCAAAAUUAUGAUCCUUUUGUAUUAUCCCAACAAGCUGACCAAGUUUACUUUACAUCAUUUCCUGAAGGGCAACAAGGUUGGCUAGGAGUCAUAAAAACCAAGGCACGGAGUACCAUUCAAUCUAUGGAAAAAAACAAACAUGAAACAACUGAUGCAUAUCAAGAUGAUGAUGUUCAUCAAAUACCUAUAGUUGUUUCAAAUGAUGAUGAUGAUUUUCAUCAAAUAAAUUAA